CAGGGGUGUUGUCCAUCGCGACGGCCUCAGUGUAAGCGAGGAGGAGGCGGAGAAAUUUACGGCUCGAAACGGAACAAAACUGAAAAGCACUUGAAGAGAAGAGAAGAUAUUUAUUGCAGAAAGAGAAAAUUCCCUUCAGGCAAAAUGGCCAACACGAAGUCCCGCGCACAAAAGAAAUACUUCAUUUUUGGCUCCUUUAUCCUGUGCUGCCUCGGGGCCUCCCUCCUGGCCUCGGCUAUGGCCACCUUGAACUGGUUCGAGGCCACCUGCCACACGGACCAGACCACGAGCACGGGUUCCAUCCACUUCGGUCUCUUUGAGGGCAAGAGGACCCUCAAAGACGGCUCUACGGCCACGCACAACCUCAGGGUUGUGUGCGACGCCGGGGACUGCAUGUACAGCUGCGGCCUUUCCAAGGAGCUGCGCGUGGACCAGCUCCGCCUGAUUCGGAACAACGAGUAUUACACGAGCUGGGCGGUCAACAACUGCACUCUGCUCCUCCUGGCGAAGAGUCGGAGCCCGGCUUCCUUAGGGACUCUCUGGGCGAAGGAGGAGGAGGAGGAGGAGGCCAGGGCGAAGGCGGAGGUCUGGGCGCCGGAGGAGACUCGGGCGAAGGAAGAGCAGGAAGUUGAGGGCGAAAGGGAGUCGUCCACAGAUAUUGCUCCGACUACAGAGGAUUCAAAGGAUGAUACGGCUACCCCAGGAAGCGGCCAGGCUGAAUUUAUGGACUACGGGUUAUGGGCGGGCACGAUCGCCUGCCUGUGUCUCGGCAUGCUGUUUGCUGUGGUGGGCGCCCUCUUCGCCGUCAUCAACACAGCCACCACGCCCGUCGAGGCAAUCACGGGCGUCCCCGGGCUUUAUGUGUGGAACACUUUAGCAGCCUUAUUCAACCUGGUGUGUGUGAUCUGCUGGGCGGUGCAGUUCCACGCUCACCUGACGAGGAACGUUCUCCUCUACGACAAGGACAACGGCUGGACUACUGAAGGCAACGAGGUGUUCGGCUAUUCCUACUGGCUCGUAGUGGUGGCCAUCUUCGUCCACGUGGCCAACAUCCUCAUCAUUUUCUUCGGCACCUACGAACCCAAGGUCAAGGAGCAGAUGAAGGCCCCUGAGUCGAAGUCGGGAACCAUUAUGCUAUACUAAGGCAGGCAACAGCGAGCGUAGGAAUAGGGUGGUCGGGUGUCCCUCUGGCUAUUAAUGUACGUUUAUUUUUUUUCCCCACGCUGGACAGGAGGAGGAAGGGGGGGAAAGGGGGAGAGAGGGAGACGGAGGGAGGGGAGAGGGAGAGAGAGGGUGAGAGAGGGUGAGAGAGGGU